AAAUCCAUACGCAUCAUUUGAAUUUAACAAGCGAACGGGGGUGGAAAGAGGAGAAAGCAAUAACGCGACGCUUGUUUGUUUCGCCAUCGUUUGAUGCAAUUUGAAAAUAGUUUUCAAGAUUAAACCGUAAAAAACGGAGAUCCAGUAUUGGCUGCGGACCACAAAAAACAUAAUAAACUAUACGGAAUGGCCAGACCAAAGGCGAAGGCGGGCGAGAAGGAAAACCCCAAACCCAAGGCAACGGGCGGAAGAAAGCGUCCGGCGGCCACCAAAAAGUCCAAAAAAGAUGGGGAGAAGGAAAACGAGGACCAGAGCGUGGCCACCACCUCCGACGCAUCCGCGGAACUCAUGUACGCGAUAAUGCGACAGGCCGAGCUCAAGGAAUCCCUGCACAAGCGCUACUCAAAGGAGAUGCAGCAACUGUACGCAAAGAUGGGCCACGAGCCCUUUCGAAAGGCCUUCAUCAACGUGUUGAAGGCCGUCCUGGAAGCUGAGGAGGGCAAUGAGAACGCCAACAUGGCCCUCAACUUCUGCGCCACCUUCGUUGCCAGCUCAGAUUCGGAUGGAACAGAGCCCAUGCUGGGCGAAACCUUUCACUGGCUGCUUACGACCUAUUCGAGCAACCCGCACAUACGUUAUCGCAUCUGUUACUUUGUGAAUCUCAUACUUAAGGAGCUCGGACCCAAUGCCGCCUUGGAUGACCACCAGUGCGAUGAUAUACUGGAAGCAAUGCUGGACCGCGUGAAGGAUGUGUCCGCGAGUGUACGCAAACAGGCCGUUCUGGCCAUGCAGCGCCUUCAAAACCCAGACAAUCCCAACGACCCCGUCGUCUGCGCCUACAAGUACCACCUUACCUCCGAUCCCUCGCCCAACGUGCGUCAGUGCAUCAUCACGUGCAUGGGCCGCAAUUACAUUACCAUUCCGCACAUCCUGGAGCGGCUUUGGGAUGUCGAUGAAAAGGUGCGCCGCCACACCUACGUUAAUAUGUGCAACUAUCCGGUGCGCUCCUACAAGGUGGCCCAGCGGCUCACCCUGCUGGAGCAGGGACUCAACGAUACAUCGGCCACUGUGCGCAAAACGGUGAUCAACUUCAUGCUAAAGACUUGGAUUGAGUCCUACCAGCAAAACUACGUUGCUCUGACAGCGGCCCUUAAGCUGGACUCGAAUGAAGAAGAACUUCUGCGUUUCCGACGCGUGGCCAAGCAAAUGCUUAGAGUGAUCUUCGAGCAAACGGACAUCCAGCAACUCAUCGAUCAGCUGCCUUUAAGUGAAGACUGCGAACUACACCGCUGCAUCCCACACGAAUCUAUCACCGUAGAGUUAUUAUUGUAUUGGCAGUGUCUCAGCGAGUAUCUGGACACGGAGGCGCCUGAAAUGGAAUCAGUGUUGCCGGAACUCAGUGUCUUCUGCACCUAUAUGGAGAAAUUCUGCCAGUUUCAAAAGCCUGAUAUGGACAAGUUUGCCCAGGUUGAGUUCCAAAACAUGCUUCUAUCGCUGGUGGAGAUACUGGAGUCCUACGAUCUGGGCGACGAGAUCGGGCGCGGCAAUAUGCGUCUGCUGAUCUCCAAUCUCCUAAAAGACUGCCUAUUAGACCACAAGAUCGUGCGCGUGCUGGUGCGCUGCAUGGAGCAACUGAUCACCGACAUGAACGACCGAAUGCAGUUCUUUAUCGAGAUCGUAUACGAGCUGUGCGAACUGAACACCAAGCAGAACGAGCUGAUUCACGAUCGAAGUUUGAUCAAUAAGUUGCUGGACGACUUGGACACUCCGCUAAAGAUGAAGAUCUCUUCUCUGAAAGUUAGAAUUCUUGAGAUGGAGGAACAGGAGGACAAUUAUGUGCGCCAAAAGGAGUACAUUCGAGCGCAGUCCGUAAACGAUGAAAAAAUUGCUGUCACCGAAGAGUAUACGGAGUUAAUUCGGCCGCUGCUGGAAAAGAACGGCGUAAUUGAAAUGCCCACUCGCCCGAAGCUCUCCAAGCAAGAGCGCGUGCUGAAGGGUCUCUACACCUGCUACUACAUGACCGCAUCGCCGCACGUCCACAAGCUGACGCCAAGUCUUUGCCAGCUGUACAAGGACUUCAUCUGCCGUUACCUACCGUGCGCCGAGGUUGACAUCUUUGAGUGGGCCAUCAAAUGCGGCACCACCUUUAGCAUGUUCUACGAGGCCUACAGCAAGGAGGUCUUCGAGGUGGUGGUGGACCAGUUCUGCAACAACAACAUCGUGCGUCUGUGCGAGACGGCGGCCAACUGCAUUUUGGAGCUGUUGGAUCGCUAUGGUGUAGAUUACUUCAACGAUCUUAACCAGACCGGAGGUGCACUGUCGAAGACGAAGCGGCGACAACUGUACACAAUGCAGGAGCUAUACGAUGACGACGAUGGCAGCCAGUCGCAGAACAACGAGCAGAAUAGUGACAUUCUCGUGGUAUUAGGACACUAUGUGGAGCGUGUGCAAAACAAAGGUGUGGGCUUGGCAAUCGUUCGCGGUCUCUGUCGCUUAGUGCUCCGAGGCCACGUCGACGAUCGCACGGAUGUGCUGGAGCAACUGCUGAAGCGGUACUUUAACCCCAACACCGAGCCCAUUAUCAGCCAGGUGCUGGGCAUAUUCUUCGAAGAGCUGAGGCGGCUAAACAAGCAUAGUCUCCUACAGCCGUGCUUCCUACCCACCGUUUGGACCAUUAUGAACUGCAGCUUUGACUCGCCGCUUCACGGCGUUCAACCCGAACACUUGACCAAGUUCUUCCUCGAAAUGACAGUGCAGGAGAUCAGCACGCCACAAACCAAUAUCCACAACAAAAUAGCGAUAAGUUUUCUUCAAUAUAUUCAGAACUACUUUACGGAGCGCAAAGAUAUGUGCCGUAUACUGGCCAAGGAGCUAACGUCUCUAUCAAUAAACGUAUUAAACGGUCCAGACGUGAAGGCUGAAAUACUUGCGCUGGCGGAGAAUCUGAUAGCCAGCGAAUUAGAUCCGCGCAUGAUCAAGAGUAUUGAGAACUUCAAGCUGGUGGUAAACGGCAGUUUCAAUCCGCCACCGCGUCGGAAUCCCGGUGAAGGCGAAAGUGAUGAAGAGUUUGAAACAGCUACUGUGACCACUGCGGAGUUGGAAACUGCAGUGCAGGCAAAGUCGAAAUCCCCUGAUACCGAAGAAUCUCCGAACGAUCUGACGCAAUCUGCUGCCUCAACCGCAGCAGACGCUACUGAAACUCCAAAGGCAGUCGAACCACCAGCGCCAGUCCCCGAACCCAUUGUAACUACCUUUGGGAAAGAUAACAUUGUGGGAAUUCGUCACCUGCGUCGCUCAAUGGCCAUAAGCCAUUCAGAUGCCGAGAGUUUAUUAGGACCGCAGUCGCCCAAUCCAGAGGAGAGCACUGAAUCCGAGGCGGUAGAGACAUCCAAGCGAAAUUUACGCCAGCCGCAAAUUAGGCGUCGCCUUGAAAUGGCCAUUGCCAGGUCGUCCAAGACACCGGAAAAACGGCCCUCCACUGAGGAGGAAUCAUCCGACGAGGAAAUAAGCGAAAGUCCCACUGCAGCAAACCAGUCAAACGAUUCAGAGGUGAUCGAAGCAUCGCCCACAGUCGCCUCGCCCAGUCCUAAAACAGGACACGAAGCCAGCCACCUACGUAUCCGCUCGCUGCGCAACAGAAAGGCCGCCAGCACUUCCACAUCCCAGACCACACCCAACCCAGUUAGCAAACGAAAAGUCUUGCAUCUGGAAACGCCUUUAAGAAACGGACGCAAAAGAGUGCUGAGGCGAACUCCGUCAGAUCCCAACUCCCGAUCACUGCGGUCCAAUGAUUCAACGGCUCUCUCUCCGCCCCGCGAGUCGCCGCUGCGGAAGCAGCAACGCCUGGACAACAGGAGUUUCCGGCGACAGCAGGUGGCGAAAAACACAAAUAGUCCCACAGACAGCACGUCGUCGGUCAAGGAGAACCAAGUACCUCCUAAGAUUGUUGUACAGCCGGACUCGGAAACAGAGUCCGAAUCGGAACCAGAACCUGCGAAACCCAAAAAGCCGCUCAAGAAGACGAUAUCCCUAAUCCGAUCCCGCCCCAGCUCCAGCACCCCAAAAGUGACCACGCGAAACGAGGCGCGUGCGCAGCGGAUAAAUUCCAGUGUCAUGACCCGCAAGCGGAUGUCCCUCGAGAUGAACCUCAGUGGCGGCCAACUGCAAGUGUCCACGCCAAAGCGCGUGACGCGGGCCGUGGCCCUGUCCAUGAGCACGGACGGCAAGCGCAGCAGGCGGAAAUAGCAUCCGCCCUUACUCAUCCCGAUAGUUUCACGUUGUGUGUUCGUUCGUUAGCGUUAAGUUGCGUGUCCG